AGGAUAUUCAUUCUCUUGUGGCCGAACCGCUUGGAGCGAGAGAGAAGAGAGAGAAAGAGCGGCGGAGAAGAAGAAGCGAGCGAAAAUGGUGAAGUUCUUGAAGCCGAACAAGGCGGUGAUCGUCCUCCAGGGCCGUUACGCCGGCCGGAAGGCGGUGAUCCUCCGCACCUUCGACGAGGGAACCCGCGACCGCGCAUACGGCCACUGCCUCGUCGCCGGCAUUAAAAAGUAUCCGAGCAAGGUCAUCCGCAAGGACUCGGCCAAGAAGACGGCAAAGAAGUCGCGCGUGAAGGCGUUCGUCAAGCUCGUCAACUACCAGCACCUCAUGCCGACUCGCUACACCCUCGACGUCGACCUCAAGGACGUCGUCACUACGGACGCCCUUCAGUCCAAGGACAAGAAGGUCACCGCCUUGAAGGAGACCAAGAAGCGCCUCGAGGAGAGGUUCAAGACCGGCAAGAACAGGUGGUUCUUCACCAAGCUCAGGUUUUGAGCUCUCCGAUGAACGAUCGUCAGUUGUUUUCGGGAGUUUUUUUUGUUCCAAACAUUGUUUCUGCUUUUUGUUGGAGGGAUUUUCAGUUAUGAAUAUUUAAUUAGUGGUUUUGUGGAGACAUUUUGUGGUUGUGUUACAUUUUCGUUGUUUAAAUGCUUAGAUUAAAGUAAUUUUUGGUAUCUUA